AUGAUAGAUUAUCAACUAUUUUAUUAUAACAAAAACAGCAAAUUUAAUCAAAAAAUGUUCCAAAAAGAAGAUAUCUUAAAAUCUGUAAUAAAAUGGAAUAAUACAUUAGUAAAAAUCGAUAUCAAUAUUGGGGUAGACAAUAACAUUGGAGAGAAUAUAAGAAUUGAAUAUUUUAUAUAGAAAAACUAAACCAAAGAGCACAAUUAAGAUAAGGUCAAAUACAAUUCAUAUCACUGAUCAGAUGACUAAACCAAUAAAAUAAAAGAGAGUGCAGUCCAUCCAUGAUGUUUGA